UGCCCGGUCUCGCGAGAGGAAAAGUACUGCUCGAUUGUAAGUUAUAGUUAUAGUUCAACCCACAGACUGUGCUUCACUUACAAAGUGGGUAAAAGGGGAAAAUGAAGGCCGUGGUUCUCGCGGCUGGCUACGGUACCAGGCUACAGAGGGAUGUGGAGGGAGACAGUAGCGGGAGGUUCGCUCACCUGGCCGGGACUGCGAAGCCGCUGCUGCCGGUAGGAAACUGUGCUCUGAUCAGUCACUGGGUCAACGCUCUGAGCGCCUGUGCCGCCGUGGACUCCAUCUACGUUGUGACCAACGCUGUGUACUACGCUGCGUUUGAAGAGUGGGCCGCUCCUUUCCCAAAGGUCCAAGUUCUCAGCGACCAAACAAAGACGAACGAAGACCGUCUCGGUGCUGUGGCCUGCCUCCAACUCGCUGUGAAACAUUUUAAGAUACAGGACCAUGUAGUAGUUAUUGGAGGAGACACACUUUUCAAAGAAGACUUCAGUCUCCGACAAAUCACCGAGAAGUUCUCUGACCUCCAACUCCAGAGUGAGGACAGCUGCUUAGUACUGUCGUACCAGUGCAGAGAUGAAGAAACACGUAAAUACGGAAUCCUGGAAGUUGAUGCUGAGCUGUGUGUCUGCAUGAAGGAGAAACCUCUUCCAUCAGAGACCGACUCCAGGAGAGCAUGUCCCUGUUUUUACGUGUUUUCAAAGACGAGUCUCCCUCAGCUGGACGUGUUCCUCGAGGAAAAGAAGGAAGCUCCGAUUGAACAGAGGGACGCACCGGGAAACUUUGUGUCGUGGCUCAUUCCAAGGAAUCCAGUUUACGUCCAUCAGAUUUCUGGGCGUUUUGAUGUUGGAAACUUGACUUCCUACAUAGAAUGUGAUCGGUACUUCAGAGAAAACCUUCAAGACGUCAAGUCCUACAUGGUGUAGAUCAGAGGUCUUAACCACCCUUGGCUCCUGACCAGUACCAAGGUCUGGACCAGAACCAGGCUGCACAGAAGAAAACAAUAAAGAUUAUUUUUAUUUUAC